AUGCUGCUCUCUCAGCAGCCGGUGAAGCAGUCUCUCAGUGCUUCCAUGUGUCGGGAGUCCCACUGGCGCUGCCUGCUGCUCUCCCUCCUCAUGUACAGCUGCCUGGGCGCUGUGGCCUGGUGUCAGCUUACCAGCGUGACCAAGCUCAGCUUCGACUCCUCCGCCACCUCCUCCCUCACGGCCUCCAUCACCAACCUGCGCGGUGGGGGCACCGGAGGCGGCGGAGUGGGCCGCUCCAUGAUCUACCACGACAGUCCGUGCUCCGACGGCUAUGUGUACAUCCCCCUGGCUUUCAUGCUUAUGCUGUACGCGGUGUACCUUGUGGAGUGCUGGCACUGCCAAGUACGUAGCGAGCUCCAGAGCAGGGCAAACGUGGACAGCGUGUACGAGCGCGUGCUGCGCAUGCGCCACGCACGGCCCUGCAUCUGGUGGAAGGCCAUCAGUUAUCACUUUGUGCGCCGCACCCGUCAAGUGACGCGCUACCGCAACGGCGACGCGUACACAACCACGCAGGUGUACCACGAGCGCGUCAACACACACGUGGCCGAGGGCGAGUUUGAAUAUAACCACUGCGGCAUGCGGGAUAUCUCACAUUACCUGCAGGGCCUGGAGGGCCACUCGGCCACACGCCUCCGCUUCACCAAGUGCUUUAGCUUCGCCGGCGCGGGGCCUGAGAACGCCUACCUCAACCAGCGUGCGCGGUUUUUCUCAGAGAUCGAGGGUCUGGAUGACUACAUGGAGGCACGGGAAGGGAUGCAGCUGAAAAAUGUGGAUUUUAAAGAGCAGCUCUUGGCCUACAGGGACCUUGAUCGGCUUCCAUGGUACGCUUCACACGUGGCCUUCUGGCUUGCUGCUCUAUUUAUGCUUUCCUGGCCACUGAGGGUGCUAAUAGAGUACCGCACCGCCUUUGUGCACUAUCGCGUGGAGAAACUCUUUGGGCUGGAGUACACAGCCAGCAGCCCCUCUCCAGAGGAAGAUGUUCCAGUGCGGAACAAUGCAGUGAGCUGCAGCCUCCCCCGAGCAGAGACACUGGACAGCACGGAGCUGGAGUGGCACAUCCGCUCCAACCGUCAACUCAUCCCAAGCUACUCGGAGGCCAUGUUGAUGAACAUAGGGGCCUCUGGCCCGACUGAGUGCCGUUCCACCAACUGCCUCCUGCUGGACAACCCCCCGGCACGGAGCUACGGGACGCUGGUGCAAGACUGCGAGCACUGUUGCCGCCCCCAGGGCGGCGCCAGAGCCGGCGGGACGGAAGGCCCCCCAAGGCGGGCCAUGCUGCAGAGCUCCAGCUGCUCGUCCAUCUUCUCACGCCACGCCUUCCACUCGCGGCUGUCACUGGACACGUCGCGUUUUUCACUGUGCCGCAUGUAUGGCUCGCAGCACACGGUGGGCCUGUGGCGCAGCCGCAGUAGCACGAUGACCGAGCACUGCUGCCCGGACGAGCAGUGCUGCCGGUCCUCCUCCAGCCAGAUGGCGCUCAAUGACAGCCCGCCCACGUACCGCGACGCACGCUUCUUCCCUGUGCUCAUCGUACACCGGCCUGAGGGAUGCAGGGACACUAGCGAGGUGCGGCGGUACUACGUGCGCCGUGGGUCUAGUUGCCUCGAGACCUCGCUGUGAGGACACUCUUUGACUUAAGCAACCCAGUGACUGUAAGGGCAGCCAAGUGACUAUGAGUGCUACUCCAAAUGUUACACACUUAAUUGUGGAGGGAACUGUGUGCAAAGACACAGCAGAGGAAUUCAACUUUCUAUCAGUUAAUUUUCUGCCAAGGAGAUACAUAGACAUGUUGUUGUUCUAAUGCUAAUGAAGUCAAGACAACAGGACACCAAACUAGCCACCAAAUGCUGUUUAAUUUGACUAGUGUUGUUGUAUGAUGUGCUGUGAGAGAAAUAUACCCCUAAUUGUGUUGUCAGGGUACUGUGGAUAAGAAUCAAAAGUCACUUGCCAUUAUUCUGUAUCUAUAUACUGUAUAUCUGUUGGCUUUACCCAAAGGGCUGGAUUUAUACAGAACCACUUAAUACCUGACAAACAAAUCUAGGGGUAUGAAUGAAUUUUCAUGAAAAUAUGCAAUCAUGGUAAGUUAUUGCCUGAUAGAGAGACUACUCACCCUGAGCUAGAUGUAGCCUAUAUCAUAAUUAACAUCUAGAACCAACUGUUGGAAAAUCUGUCUUGAAGCAAAACCAUUAUGUGCUCAACCUCAUGCCAAUAGUCAUCCAUAAAGGUUUAAAAGCAGUGACAAUAAAAAAAAAGAGUGACCAGAUAGAACUGGCUUGAAAAGACUGGUUUUCAUUACAAAACCCACAAUCUCGAAGUAGGGAUGUUGAAUAGAAAAAAACAUUGGCAGGUCGUGGCCAGAUAUCUAUUAAUAAUAUUUGUGACUAAAAUUGCCAUAAAGUUGGUUAAAAAUGUGCACUGUGCACAAUGUUGCAAAGUCAGUUCUGGCCCUAUGAGACUACCUUGACAAUAAUAUUUUUCCCGGAUGAAAUUGCAUUUUAGAUUUUAAUGCAUGCAUCCACAUACCUUGUAAUGGUGCUUUAUUGGUCAUGGAGUGUCUAAAGUUUGACCACAGGAGGCAAUUGCCCUGAUCAAUCUAUCUUCAUCUUGCAUCUCUGCAAAUUAUUUCCUUAACUUAAACAUAUGCUCCACUGCUCUUUUUUAGUCCAAAGUGAACAGUGGGAUUUUGGGUGUGAGCCAAAUUAAAUUGACAUCCAUAUAAAAAUACCCGCAGAACAAAAAAACAACAUGCAGCUUUUCUCAAGCUUAAGAAAGGAAACAUGGGGAUCACCUUGUUUGUUACAAGAAACACUCUUGGGACCACUUGUCUUAUUUACAGCUUUGUCUUAAAAUAAAGGAAAGAGGAUAUUAUUGUUGUAUAUAAUAGCCAAGCAUAUCCUAUGCACAUAUCAGCACUUAAAUCCAACGUCAGUUCCAUUAAAUUAUCAUCAUUAAACACACUGCUAUUGUUUUACUUCCACCCAAAGAAACUGUUCAAAGUUUGUGGAUUAGAUCAUUACAGAAUGUUGUGGUUUUAGAAAAAAAAUGAAAUUGAAUCGUGGAAGGGACCUCUGACAUUAUGGAUUUUGUUAGUAAAGUUUUACAUUUACUCACUUACUUUCUCUGAGAACACUGUGACAUGUUUUUAUAUUUCUUUUAUUGAAGUACAUACAGAGAUGUGUUUAGGCAUAUAUCAUUGUGUUAUUGGUUUCAGAAGUAUACUUCAAUUGUUUUCACAAAACUAACACACUUGAAAGAAA